GGAUGAGUCCGGUGUGCCAGGCAUGGACAGAGUGGACAGCUUGGCAGAAUAUCUAGUGGAGCUGCGCAACCAGCCCUCACUAGCCCUCACCAACCAGCAGGUAAGCAAUAUUGUUGUUCUGUGGCAGAACCUGCUAGACUACGACAAGCAGCAGGUUGUUUUUGCUGCCAGACACCAGACCAGGCUGGACACAGGGAGGUUCAGGUCUCCAAAGAAAAGGCAGGAGUUCACUCCAGGGGUGGAGAGUGUAAAGCGGCACGCACUUACCACCACUGCCCCGCUUGCCCAAUGGCCAGAUUGCUGCCCCCGGAUGGAAACCAUCUUCGUCUGGCUCUGUGCCGCAGUCCCAAGAAGAGGUCCAGAUGGGACCUUAUUCUGGGGGAUUAUAGGCAAAUCAGGCGGCGCAUUCUGGCCAACGGGGUAGUUAUGCAGUAGACCACCAUGCAGCUGGUGGACGUGAGCCAUACCACCCUGGUGCAGUGGCACAAUAAGAGGGUGAAGAGGCAGGACAGCGCGGUGGUGAUGCAGGGGCUGGACCUGUCAAGCCACUUGUCUGUGGUGGCUGACCCUCUCCCCAGCGCAAAUAUCCACCCCCUAUCUGCACCCCCCCAACCCGGCCUGGCUCACCAGUACCACCUGCCCAGCAGCACCGUGGGCCAAGCGCAGGUUAAGAGGAAGGCCAUACCCGCAUUCGCGACACCUGUGGCUGUGAGACCACACCCUCAGCAGCAGCUCUUCCCUGCUCCGCCUCCACCUCCCACGUCAGCUCCAAUGAGUGCUCCAAUGAGUACACAGGUGCCUGUCCUGAUGGCUGCCCCACAGGCCCUGGAUUUCAGCCUAAUAUCAGCGCUUCCUGCUCCUGCUCCUCCGGCUCCAGUCUGAAAACUGACCCGCAAAGUAUUGCACAACACGUGCAAGAAAUGCGGGCAGUUCAGGACAGCUGAGACAGGACAAGGCCAGUACAAAGGGACUGUGUACUGCCCUUCAGUUGAGACUGUCUCCAAAGAACAGUGGCAGGAGGACAUUAAA